ACCAGCUUGAAUCAUUACUUUCGAUACUCCAUACAAAACCGUUCCUAUAUAUUUUUAACUCUUAGCACACAAUGAGUGUGCAAAAGUCCGUCCGAGGUAGCCGACGCACCCGCAGAUCAGUCGGCUCCUUGGAUCUUAACCACUACAUUUACUGCAUCAACUUCUACGACGAUGGACUGAAGGCUGUGCGGGAUGAGUUCAUGAAGCGAGUGGUCAGCGGAACUCGUCGGGCUGUAUUCGUAAUCGAUUUGGAUAAGGAAGUCGAAGAAGCUACCAAUCUGAGCCUGCGAAUGUCCAGGGCAAAGCCAGGAUCGACGACCUUGCCCUUCGAUAAGCUAAGCGUUGCUCUGAUGCGCAUUCGUGACUGUGUCGCCGAGUACGAGAAGGUAACCAGGACCAUUGAGGCGGAGUCUAAUUUCGAUUUGCACAACUACUGGCAACGGAAUAUUCCGGCCCAGCUGAAGAACCUUACGGCCGGGGCUACUAAGAAGAAGGGUGUGGCUGAGUCCAGCCGGGAACCGGCAACGGCAAAGCCCAAAACUGGUAAGGGAACCAGUGACAAGGUGCGCAUGACCAAGAUCAGCUGCGUGUCGGUCACAGCCAAAGAGCAUAACAAAGUUGGCAAGGGUGUACCGGCAUCCAAAAGGGUGUACAUUAGGGACAAUCCGGCCUUUGCCAAGAUUAUGAUCCUAAUCAUUGGGAACAUGGACAACGAAUUCUACAAGAUGCUGUUGGGUUAUGAGCAACCGUUGCGGGCGAUUGUCCACUUCCUACCCGAGGAGAGCGCUUAUGACCUCCUGGUGCCGCGUCCUCGUCGCGUGCAGCAGCUCCAGGAGACGUUGGUGGGCAUCCAAAGGGGCAUUCACGCUCUAAGGAAGCGGACCGCCGUGAAGCCGGUGGGUAUCUUCCAACAACAGCUGCCACAGAUGUCCGCCUGCAUGGCAUCCAGGUUCACCGAUGAUGUGUUCGACCAACUGAGCUGGUACAUGUACGACGUCGAGACUCUGCGCGAAUGGUAUCGCUCGUACUACGUUGAGCCCUACAACGAGAUCAACGUGAAGAUGAACCCACAGCUGUCUAUGGUAGGCACAUUCCACAUGGUUGAGUCGCUGAGCAUCCAGGGCCAUUAUCUGAAGAGCCAGAUGCCGUCUUCCCGGGCGGACGAUGCGACCAUUUACCUCUAUCUGGAGUCGUUAAUGAGCACUUUCGGCAACCCGCGGGAGCUAAUGACCGAGGCGGAGGUGCUGCUGCUGGCCAACCCAACGCCGUCGGUUCAAACCCGAGUGCUGGACAAGGUGAAGGUCUAUGCGAACGCCUUUAAGAGCUUGGUCAAGCUGGCCAAGAGCGAGCGCAUUUUCGCGGAGCAGGCCAAAAACGAACGCAUUUUCGUAGAAAAGGCCAACAAACUGCUGACCAAUAUAAUCUCCUACAUGGACCAGUCCGUGUUGCAGAACGUCUACUGCAGCUGCUUGGAGUACAACCUGCUGCGGCGCUAUUUUACCACGGGCUACAUCAACCAUUCGCUGACCAUUCUACCGUACAACGGAGAGCUAGAGCCUAUAUGCCUGCCAAACUAUGCCGAGCUGUUUCUCACGGAUGACUCGGUGAUGCAGCGCGUCAUCCAGCUGGUGAACGAUUACGAUGACUUCAGCGUGGAGGAAAUGCGUCCCAAUGUUCGGCUCUAUACCUUCCGGAGGACCCUCAACGAGGUCUUUGAGAAUGAGAAGCAGAUUGUGAUUCCAACGCGUCUCUGUUUCCGGGACUUUACUCUUUACGAAAUGGAUCAGUUCCUCAACGACCUUGUCACUCCAAAAAUGUUUAACGAUAUGAACGGAAGCUUUAUUUCUGGUGAUAACCAGAGCUUAUAUGCCGUCACCAACGACACCGACACAAUUAUGGUCGCGUGCAGUGAGGAAAACGAUCGUGUCGCAAUAGAUCCUAAGGUCUUCGUCCGACCCCGUUCGAUCAAGAGUAAGCAGUCAAAGAACAAGCAGACGGAUAACGAGGAUGACCGAUCCGUAAGCCAGAAAGCCUCCAUACAGUCAACCAGAACUAAGCGUAUUUCAUCAAAAUCAAAUAACUCCGCGACACGCUUGGUAAGGACCUCGGGAACCCCAGCAAAGGAUAUCCAAGGCACGGACUCCAAAUCAUUUCAAGUGGGACUGCGUCGCGAUCACCCCAUGCUGAAGGGCUACAAUCUGGACGACACUCGGCAGACGAUUAAGUGCAAGACCUCCAAGUACUUCUUCGAGGAAGGCCGAAUGGUGCUGUACGAGGAGAAGUGGAACUUUCGUCAGAUGAAUAAAACCCUCUUGCUGGAGAUCGAUGGUCAGGAGGUGCAUUUCCGGAGUGCUGCUGGCCCGGUGGAUGCCCUUGCCACCGAUGGCUGUGUUCGGAUCGAGUCCAAGAACGGCAUCAGUGUACGAGCGUUGGCCAACGAGAGCGAGUGCUCUAAGGCGGUGUUGAACUUUCCCAACGGAUUGAACACCUUCUGCCAGGACACCCAUGUGGAACUCCUGUGGCAAUACCAGGAAAAUGAACUGAACGAAAGCCGGCGUGUUUGCACCCCCUACGGUUGUGUGAUCGUAUUCUAUCAAAACACCGACACCGUGGUGAUCAUGCGUUACAACGGAGAGGUGUACUACUUGUACAGCUCAACGGAGGCUGACAACGAGGAGGAGGAGGAUCAGAACUCGGAGUUUCUCAACGCUUGCUCCACGCAGUCCACCUACAGCAGUUACCAUCCCCUUUCCUCCGAAGGUAAGAAAAAGAGGUGCCGCCAGGUGAAGUCAAAGAAGAGUUCCACCUUUCGAGAAUCGGGCGGGGCAGACACUGACCCUAAACCCACAAAUCAGAGUCUGGGACCCAAGAAGAGCCAGAAUAGUCGCAUCUCUAAGGAAACGCUUGUGGGGAGUCGGAAAAAGACCACGUUCAAGACCAAGCAGGCAGCCGCCCUAUUCGCCAGUAUCCAAUUCGAGAUGAACUUCCUCAAGUUAAUUAUGGAUAAGUACAAGAUAAGCUACCGCCACCUCAAGCUGAUCACCUCCCUGGGCAGCGUGGUUCAUGUGCAGCAGGAUGGAAAAAUCUGGUGUGGCAAGCCCUUCCGGAACAGCGAGUGGCACGACUACUUCGCCAACGAGUCGUAUUCGAUGCGGGACGAUGGAGUCAAGAUGAUCUGGACGCUGGAGGAGCUGCGGUGCUACCACAAUGACGGCACUGUCAUUACUUCGGCAACCAUUGAUGGCUGGGAUUGUGGCACGGAGGUGGAUGAAAUCGAUUUAGAGAUUAGUUCGAGCAGUUCGCAUUUAAACACUGAUACUUUCGGAACAAAGCAUAGGGAACUCUUUUACAUAAAUAGCCCGACCGGCCUCUCAAUGGAUCGUGGACCGAUUAAGCCUCCUGAUGCUGAUUUAGUGUCUGAAUACUUUAGUACAAAAUCGGUGAUCGCGUCUAAAUUCCAAUCUGUGACCGAUAAAGUGGUGGAAGAGGAGGAGGGUGAAAUCAUCCAUGACAUGAGCUUCAUUACAUACAUGCUGAGCAGUGUUUUUAUACACCACCGUGUCUAUCCAGGCAUCCAAUUCUCCAUCACAUAUGCCACCGAUUUGAAUCUAAGUAUGGAGACCACAAUCUUCACCUGCGACAACAUGAGGGUUCACAUAUUCAAAGAUCAUUCGGAAAGGGAGGUUCAGCAAUGUGUGCAGGACACAGACAUUCAAUCAUCCGAAGCCGAUUCCGAUGAGUGGACUAAGCCGGGCAUGCGAAAAACCUCUAUAAUUUCAGCAGCUUCCGAGGAGUUACCUCUUAGUGGCGAGGAGGAAUCGGUCGUGAUUGAUCCUACGGUUGUGGAGAUCGAGUGCAACAACUUGAUGCUAACGAUCCUCAAAAAUCAGGCUACCAUACAGACGCAGAUUCAAAAACCUGGAUGCCAUGAGAAUGCAAAAUGCGGAUUUGCCCUUCUUCAAGAUGAUGUUAAAUUGAAAGUUAACUUUGAUCAAAGUCUAGCAGUCACUUUUCGUAGUUGGGUAAAUGAGGUAACUAGUUUUAUCACCUGUUUCUGCCCCAAAUGGCGCACCAAGUACUUUGUGGAAACUCAAAACUCUCAAUGCCAAAAGAAAGGUUUUGAGUUGUUCACAUCGGUUCCGCCCCUGGGAAAAUAUAACUUUUGUGCUGGCAACUAUUAUAUCGAUGUGACAGAGCUUACUUCGGUAAAUAGCCAACUGAAGAAUAACUAUGAUUGGGUGGACAAGGAUAUGAACAAGUUUCCUCGCUUUCCGCUCUAUAAGAAAGACCCACCGCCCUUCGAGUUCCCCUUAAUACUUAACGCCAGGAUCUUUGCGAAGAUACCAGCAAAACUUGGCAACACUGAUCGGCUCCACCAGUUCGUUUCUGAGUUUGAUACAAUCAAAUUCAAGAAGCAGCGAUAUCGCUUAAACAAAGCGGUUCUGUUCCAUCUGCACCCCCGGCUGGCCUUGAUGGUGCAAGCGGAAAUCAGCAAGCGCAGCUGGAAGAGUCGUCACGCAGAACACCGGCGACGCCUAUUCAUGGAGCAACAGCGUCUCAGCCUCUACAUGGCCAUGCUGAAGCACAAGGUGUAUCCAAAUUACUUCCAGUUCAAGGAUCAAUUCUACUCCCACGUGCGAAAUAUUGACUUCUUCGAGUUUAUGACGUCCAAGUGCAACGAGAAUGUCCACCCCAAAGAGACUGAGUUAGAAAGGGUUGAACCACCCGAACCUCCUAGUCCACCAAAGAAGCCCAAGCAUAAGAAUCGUAAAAAAUGUGUCUGCCCCAAGUUCCUUAACUCAAUAGAAUAGCGAAAAUAAAUUGAA